AUGAUGAAGCUAUGGAAACGAGCUUCCGGUGCUAUCAAAGACCGGAAAAGCUUGUUUUCCAUAGGUUUCUCCCGGAAAACCUCCUUCCGCAACCCUGACCUUGAUUCCGCCAUCAUCCACGCGACUUCUCACGAUGACUCGUCCGUGGAUUACCACAAUGCUCAUCGUGUCUACAAAUGGAUCCGCUCCUCUCCUUCCAACAUCAAGCCGCUUGUCCACGCGCUUUCCUCUCGGGUUAGCCGCACACGAAGCUGGAUCGUCGCCUUGAAAGCCCUAAUACUCGUCCACGGUGUCCUUUGCUGCAAAGUCUCGUCCCUUCAAGAGAUUCGUCGUCUUCCUUUCGACCUCUCGGAUUUCUCCGAUGGUCAUUCCCGUCCAAGCAAGACUUGGGGUUUCAACGCUUUUAUCCGCGCCUAUUUCUCGUUUCUUGAUCAGUACUCUUUCUUUUUGUCCGAUCAGAUUCGUCGCCGCCACAAAAAACCUCAGCUCGAUUCUGUUAACCAAGAGCUCGAAAGGAUCGAGAAACUUCAGUCUCUUCUCCACAUGCUCCUCCAAAUCCGUCCAAUGGCUGACAACAUGAAGAAGACGCUAGUUCUUGAAGCAAUGGACUGCGUAGUGAUGGAGAUCUUCGACAUCUAUGGAAGGAUCUGCAGCGCUAUCGCCAAGCUUCUCAUCAAGAUCCAUCCAGCUGCUGGAAAAGAAGAGGCUAUGAUGGCUCUUAAGAUUGUAAAGAAAGCUACAUCUCAAGGAGAAGAUCUUGCCCUCUACUUUGAGUUCUGCAAAGAAUUUGGGGUCUCAAACGCGCACGAAAUCCCUAAGUUCGUAAGAAUCCCGGAAGAAGACAUUGAAGCAAUCGAGAGAGUCAUCAAAGGAGUCGAAGAAAAAGAGGAGAUAAAGGAGGAGGAGCAUGAAGUAGAGGAAGAGAAGAGUAUCAUAUUAGUGGAGAGACCAGAGUUGCAGACAAUCAUUACCGAUAAAUGGGAGAUUUUCGAAGACGACUUUUGUUUCACAUGUAAUGAGAUUAUAGAAACUGAUCAACAUAGAAAUUAUAACGUGGAUCCAAGUCCGCUGCCUCUUAUAGUUAUCGACGAGCCAGUUUACUUCACUCACACGUUACCAGAUUUGAUUACCUUCUAA